GAUGGAAUGAGUUCCCCAUUUCCUAUUUUCUUUUCAAUAACUGGAGCUAUUUGUAGUUGGGCGGUACGUACAAAGAACAAUAGAAAACGUAUUCUGGGUUCGGCUUCUUUUGAAAUAAUGCAGUGGACUAUUUCCCCCUUUAUGUUGUGACAAUGAUACGAUGUGAUUGAAGUGAUGUUAAACACGGCACCUUGUAGGUGUUUGAUGGACAAUCAUGUGGACUCCCUGAACAAUGCCUAUGAAGAAUUUGUUGCUGCAGCUGCCAAUGUACUUGAAGCUAAGGAAAGUUCUGAGGGUCAAAAAACGGCAGCCACUGAUGCAGCAUUGGAAAAUUUUAAACAGCGAUGGGAAUUGUUUAGAGUAGCUUGUGAUCAAGCAGAGGAGUUUGUGGAGUCUGUGAAACAAAGAAUAGGUUCUGAGUGUCUCGUAGAUGAGGCCACUGGCUCGGUUGCAGGGAAGCCAGGGCAGGCUGCCACAAGUGGUCUUCCACCCAUAAGUGCAGUUCGCCUGGAGCAGAUGAGUAAAGCUGUUAGAUGGCUAGUUAUUGAACUGCAGCAUGGUGGAACUGCUGGUGGUUCUUCACAUUCCCAUUCAUCAGCUCCAUUUGAUGCAAGAUUUUCUGAAGAUGCAGCUCAAUAGGAUAUCCUGGAAUACACAGAAAGUGUUUUAUUAGGGCAAGCAAUCAUUUGUCAGGAAAAUGUCACGCUAUGCAUUAUCUCAGUACUCAUCAUCCGAAUUCUUAAUCUUUGCCACCGCACAAGCCCAAGAUCUAAUUCGGUUAUGUGUAAAAUGACUCAUAUUGAGUAGUUUCAUGAAAUUUCCCACAGGAACACCUUUGAAACCAUCAUUUUUUUUUACUCAUCAAUAUCCUGUAUUCAACUGGAAGUACACUUGCUUCCAUGUGUUUCAUGGGGAAUUUUCCGCUUUCCUUGUAACUUUGUAACGCAGACUGGUAGGAUGCAUCUACCUUCAGUGCUUGUUAACGAGGAAAAGGCUUGGUAGUCCAUCUUAAUA